GCCAGUACUAAAACGAGAAAAGAGAAAGUUUGACUGAUUUGCAGUGUUUUGUUUUUGUUUUCCUUUUUACAGGAUCUUACUCAAUAAAUUUUAGUAACUUUCAAGAUGGAUAAGUUCCAGAAGAUGCCAAAGAUUGCAAAGGUGAAGAAUAAAGCUCCGGCGGAGGUACAAAUAACCGCCGAGCAGCUUCUGCGGGAGGCAAAAGAGCGAGAUUUGGAGAUCCUGCCACCCCCACCGAAGCAGAAGAUCUCCGAUCCGACCGAAUUGAAGGACUACCAGCAGCGCAAGAGGAAGUUCUUUGAGGAUAAUUUGCGGAAGAAUCGCAUGGUGGUUAGCAAUUGGAUCAAGUAUGCGCAGUGGGAGGAGUCACAGAAGGAGAUUCAGCGUGCCCGAUCAAUCUGGGAGCGUGCCAUUGACAAUGAUCACAUGAAUAUUACAAUUUGGCUAAAAUACGCGGAGAUGGAGAUGAAGAAUAGGCAGGUGAAUCAUGCGAGGAAUCUGUGGAAUCGUGCUGUGACCAUCUUGCCACGAGUCAAUCAGUUUUGGUACAAAUACCUCUACAUGGAGGAGAUGCUGGAGAACAUUGAGGGGGCACGGCAUGUCUUUGAGCGUUGGAUGGAGUGGCAACCGGAGGAGCAGGCAUGGUUGACGUACAUUAAGUUCGAGUUGCGCUACAAGGAAGUGGAGAAGGCACGGGGGGUGUUUGAGCGCUUCGUUAUGGUGCAUCCGGAAGUGAAGAAUUGGAUUAAAUUUGCCAAUUUUGAGGAGAAUAAUGGGUUCACAGCGAAUGCCCGGGCUGUGUAUGAGCGUGCUGUGGAAUUCUUCGGGCAGGAAUACAUGAGUGAGAAGCUCUUCCUGGCCUUUGCACGUUUCGAGGAGAAUCGCAAGGAGCACGCUCGUGCACGGGCAAUCUACAAGUAUGCCCUGGAUAAUCUCCCACAGAGUAGCUGCAAGGACAUCUAUCGUGCCUAUACGAUUCACGAGAAAAAGUUUGGGGAUCGUGUUGACAUUGAGAAUGCCAUCAUUUCCAAGCGGAAGCUCCAGUAUGAGCAGGAAUUGAGUGAGAAUCCCACAAAUUAUGACAUUUGGUUUGACUACAUUCGCCUCCUGGAGAACAAUGAGGACGAGAAGAUUAUUCGUGAAACGUACGAAAGGGCAAUUGCCAACAUCCCACCGACGCAGGAAAAGAGUUUCUGGAGGCGCUACAUCUACCUGUGGAUCAACUAUGCUCUGUACGAGGAGAUGAAAGCACAGGAUGAGGAGAGAACGCGUGAAAUCUACAGAACAUGCCUUCAGGUUAUUCCACAUAAAAAAUUUACCUUUAGCAAAAUUUGGAUUCUCUACGCGCAAUUUGAGAUUCGCUGCAAAAAUCUCAAGACAGCACGUAAAUUCCUGGGGAUGGCCAUAGGGAUGUGCCCACGUGAUAAGAUCUUCCGGCAGUACAUUGAGUUGGAGAUUCAGUUGCGUGAUUUCGAUCGAUGUCGGAUAAUUUAUCAGAAAUUCCUCGAAAAUAGCCCCGAGAAUUGCACAACGUGGAUUAAAUUUGCCGAAUUGGAGACCCUUCUGGGGGAUUUAGCGCGUGUUCGAGCUAUCUUUGAAUUGGCCCUGCAGCAACCACGCUUGGAUAUGCCUGAGCUCCUGUGGAAGGCGUACAUUGACUUUGAGAUCACUCACGGGGAGGAUGAGAUGGUGAAAACGCUCUAUGAGCGUCUCCUUGAGAAGACAGUUCACUUCAAAGUGUGGAUUUCCUAUGCGAAAUUCCUCAUAAAGAUCGGCAAUGAUCCCGGGAAUGUCCGGAAGAUCUUCGAUAGGGCCAAUGCAUCCCUCCGGAGCGCCGGUGACAAUGAUUCACGCGUCCUGCUACUUGAGGCGUGGCGGGAUUUCGAGAAGGAGCACGGGAAUGCAGAGUCUCAAGCACAGAUUAUGGAGAAGAUGCCACGAUGUGUCAAAGUGCGGCAGAAGGUUGUCACAGAGGCGGGGCACGAACGAUGGCAGGAAGUUUUCAACUACAUCUUCCCCGAGGAUGACAACUACCGUCCCAACAGUAAACUCCUGUCAGCAGCGAAGAAUUGGAAGAAGAACAAAGAAGUCGAUGGCACGUGAUUUCCUCAAAAGAAAGCAUAAUUUGGGUAAGGAGAAUAAAAAAAGAUUCAUUUAAUACGAA